AUGUCCAAGAAAAAGGGUCCCAAGAUUUCCACCAAAAAGCGCAAGCUGGCUCUGGACCAGCCCUGGGAGAUCACCGAGGAGAUUGUAUUCCAGCACUUUGAGAACGAAGAAGAGUCCCAUCUCUGCUUUGUCAAGAAAGACGAACCCAACGAGGUGUUCAGCAGUCCCGAAACCUCCAAUUGCAGCAUUAUCGACGAAGACCUAGGCUCCUAUUCCUUCGGAAACACAACUCCCUGGGGAGGCUCGUCACCAAUGACCGCCCCUCCCAUGUCCCCCAUACUUAUCAAUGAACUGGUGUAUUACUUCCGACACGUUUACACAGAGCUGCCGAUUGUGGACCUUGGGGACGACAACUACUGCCUACUGGAGGGCCUUCGACUCGCUAACAUGACCCACAAGUUCAAGACUGCACGUGAUGCCGUCAGUAAAGACGCUCUGGUGUCUCAAAUCCAGCAGGUGCACAUGCAGAGAGUCUCUUCUACUAACGACAAUGUCACCAUAGACUCUGUCUGUGAUUCUAUCUUUCUGCACAUGGCCAUGGCCGCCCUCGACAACCGCAACAAGGCCAUGGUCUACCUCAGCGAGGCCCACACAUACUACCAGCUUGUGGUGUCUUGCCACGAAAAUAACUCUCGCAACGCCCCUCGUCGCAAGCGAGUCAACUGUGUACUAACCAACCUGCGACACGAAGCAGGUGCUCACCAUCUCUCCAGCGAACCACCCAACUACAUUCUGCUGGAGCUCAUGUCCCCACCUUACAUUGGACAUCUGGCCCACAUCUGUCUCGACUCCUACAACUACCAGGUCACUUCUCUUCUUUUAUGGCAUACUUCGAUUACUGUGGGUCAGGAACACAAGGCCCCGGCCACGUCGGAGUGUGUCACCAUGGAGCCACAACAGCGAGCUGCAAUGGACUGUCACGUUGCCAAAAUCGCCAUCCAGCAGUAUUUGCAGUUUCUAAGGAAGCCCGGGUCGUCUCAACAGGCGUUGAUAAAGUUCGGCGAACUACUCAACAACCGCCUCGGCUUGCUCUCUUCUUCUCAGCUCCAUGUCUGCGGAACCUCGACUCUCAAGACCAUUGUCGACAUUCUCAAGCAGUUCCCCGCUCUGCAGCAACUGGCGGGCCUUCUACAAAACCACAUUGACAAGUGCGAAAUGUGGGACUUUAGCAUUGACUGGCUGGACCUUCCCCAGUGGGAAACUCAGAUGCCGGCUCUCAGCACUUGA